AUGGCGGUGGCCUACUUUAUCAGCGACCACGGCUUCGGGCAUGCCGCACGCUCAUUGGCGCUGCUCGCGGAGCUGCUACGACGCGAAGUGCCGGUGGUCGUCGUAUCCAGCGUGCCGCGCUGGUUCUUCGAGGAGAGCCUCGAAGGACUAGACUACAUCUCCACACAGGUGGACGUGGGCGUGCACCAAAAGACAAGCGUGGAUAUCGACUACGAAGCCACGCUCGACCGCCUCGAGCAGCACUGGAGCAGUACGCCACAAAAGGUCGACCACUUGGCGGGUGAGCUGCGAGAGUGGUUCUCCAAGGUCGGUGGCGAGGCCUCGCUCCGCAGGAUUGUGUUUGACAUCACCGCGCUGGCGCCACUCGUUGCUGACAAGCUUGGAGUACCCUCGGUCGGCAUCUCCAACUUCACCUGGGACUGGGUCUACGAACCCUUUGUAGAGAAACUGCCGCGCUUUCAGACCUACAUCGAUUUGCACAGGCAGGCCUACGCCAAGGUCCCCUACAUCCAGUGUCCUACAUCGCUGUUGUUGAAUCUGGUCUACAGUGAGAUCAAAGGCUUCAACUGCCCGUCCUACGAGAUCCCGUGGCUCGUGCGAAGCGCCAGCCUGAGCAGGGAGACGGUGCGCACGCGACUGGGUCUGAGCCAGACGCAGCGCUAUUGCCUCUACUCCUUCGGUGGACACGCCUUUCCGCUGGACAAGGUCCAGGAAUGGCAGGUGCCGCCGGGCUGGUCGGUGAUCCUUGUCAACAAGGCCUUGGCCGAUCACAACACCGCCGAAGCGGAAAAGGCGGGCAAGGAGGGCGUGGUCUUCUUGUCCCAGACCCUGCUCGACAGCCUCCACAUCCAAUACGUCGACCUGUUGGCCGCAGUGGACUUGGUGGUGUGCAAAACGGGAUACGGCAUCGUCAGCGAGCGACUCCACAUCACAUCCGGCAGUGCGCUGUUCACCGACCGUCCUGGGUUCAUUGAACACGAGUCCAUGGCGAGAGCGUUCCAGGAGAAUGUCAGCUGUGACGUUGUCACUCUCGACGAGGUGGUCUUGGAGGCAUCUCCUUCUCUCUGGGUGAAGGCCGACCGAGUGGUCCCCAACACCAAGCGGAGCCGGCACGCGUUCAACGGCGCCGAGCGGGCCGCCGACCGCAUCCUCGCCGUUCGGUGGUGA